AUGGAUAUCCGACCAAAUCAUACGAUAUAUAUCAACAACCUGAACGAAAAAAUAAAAAAGGAUGAAUUAAAGAAGUCAUUAUAUGCUAUAUUCUCACAAUUUGGCCAAAUAUUAGAUAUAGUAGCCCUUAAAACGUUAAAGAUGAGGGGACAAGCUUUUGUAAUAUUUAAGGAAAUUUCCAGUGCUACAGUUGCACUGCGAAGUAUGCAAGGAUUUCCAUUCUAUGAUAAGCCAAUGAGGAUUCAAUACUCAAAAACUGACAGUGAUGUCAUUGCUAAAAUAAAAGGUACCUUCCAAGAAAGACCUAAACGGCCUAAAAUGCCCAAGUCAUUGGAAGACAGUAAGAAGAAGAAGAAAGAUGCUAAUAGAAAUGCUGUGCCUGGAUUUGGUCAACCUGGUCACCUUAAUAAUGUUAAUGCGGAACAACCUCCAAACCAGAUUCUGUUCCUUACAAACCUCCCAGAUGAAACCUCUGAGAUGAUGUUGUCUAUGUUAUUCAACCAAUUUCCUGGUUUCAAAGAAGUCCGUCUGGUGCCCAAUCGGCAUGACAUUGCAUUUGUGGAGUUUGCAAAUGAAAUGCAGUCUGCAGCAGCCAAAGAAGCACUACAAGGAUUUAAGAUUACUCCAACACAUGCAAUGAAAAUUACAUUUGCUAAGAAAUAA